UAUCGAAGGGGUGACUUUGAAUUGCCGGCCUGCACAUGCGCAGUUCGGCGCGAGAUGACUGUUAGACCCGACGAUGCAUUUCUGCUCAUGAGCUUAGCUAGCCAGAUUUUUCAUGACAUCGCCUACAAGUGUGAUCGGGGAUUUCUAAAGGCUAAAACUGCUUCUCCAAUCUUCAUACUGUACUCUUGACUUACAGUCGAGGUCUCAUUUACCUGUUUGUAUAUUUGAUCCUCUGAAAUGGGCAUGAGACCAAUUUAGUCAACUAGUGCACAGAUCCAACAUGUGGGCUGCUUCUUCUUGACCAGAGGUCACUGGAUUGUGGUAGUGUGCACAUACAGACUAGGUGGUCAAUGCGCAGGACAAGCAACCUGCUGUACCUUGCCGGCCUCUGAGACCACAGGCUUUGGGACGACCAAUGUGAACUCGAUUGAUGAGGAUGCCAGCGCCGAUCAGACUGCGGGAGCUGAUCCGGACCAUCCGGACGGCUCGGACCCAGGCAGAGGAGCGUGAGAUGAUCCAGAAAGAGUGUGCUGCCAUACGCUCGUCCUUCAGAGAGGAAGACAACACUUACCGCUGUAGAAAUGUGGCUAAGCUACUCUACAUGCACAUGCUGGGCUACCCAGCGCACUUUGGGCAGCUUGAGUGCCUGAAGUUGAUUGCGUCCCAGAAGUUCACUGACAAGCGGAUAGGGUACCUGGGAGCCAUGCUACUGUUGGACGAGAGGCAGGACGUCCAUCUACUAAUGACAAACUGCAUCAAGAAUGAUCUGAAUCACAGCACACAGUAUGUCCAGGGCCUGGCCUUGUGCACCCUGGGCUGCAUGGGCUCCUCAGAGAUGUGUCGAGACCUGGCUGGAGAGGUGGAGAAGCUGCUCAAAACAUCCAACUCCUACCUGAGGAAAAAGGCGGCGUUGUGUGCAGUCCACGUCAUCAGGAAGGUCCCAGAGCUGAUGGAGAUGUUCCUCCCAGCCACAAAGAACCUGCUGAGUGAGAAGAACCACGGUGUUCUCCACACUUCUGUUGUCCUCCUCACUGAAAUGUGUGAAAGAAGUCCUGACAUGCUCUUACACUUCAGAAAGAAUGAGAAGUUGGUUCCACAGCUGGUGAGAAUCCUGAAGAACCUGAUCAUGUCUGGAUACUCUCCUGAGCAUGAUGUGUCUGGCAUCAGUGACCCCUUCCUGCAAGUGCGGAUAUUGAGACUAUUGCGAAUUCUGGGCAGGAGUGAUGACGACUCAAGUGAAGCAAUGAAUGACAUUCUUGCACAGGUGGCAACCAACACCGAGACCAGUAAAAAUGUAGGCAAUGCAAUCCUCUAUGAGACAGUACUGACCAUAAUGGACAUCAAAUCAGAAAGUGGAUUGAGGGUGUUGGCCAUCAACAUACUGGGACGCUUCCUUCUCAACAAUGACAAAAAUAUUAGAUAUGUGGCACUGACGUCCUUACUGAAGACUGUACAGACGGACCACAAUGCAGUGCAGAGGCAUCGGAGCACCAUUGUGGACUGUCUAAAAGACUUGGAUGUGUCCAUCAAGAGGCGUGCGAUGGAGCUGAGCUUCGCCCUGGUGAAUGGGAACAACAUCCGAGGCAUGAUGAAGGAGCUGCUCUACUUCCUGGACUCCUGUGACCCAGAAUUCAAAGCAGACUGUGCAUCCGGAGUCUUCCUGGCUGCAGAGAAAUAUGCUCCUUCAAAAAGAUGGCACAUUGACACCAUCAUGAGAGUCCUGACAACGGCGGGGAGCUAUGUCCGAGACGACUCUGUCCCCAACCUCAUCCAGCUCAUCACCAACAGUGUGGAGAUGCAUGCCUACACGGUGCAGAGACUCUACAAAGCCCUGCUGGAUGACAUCUCACAGCAACCACUGGUCCAGGUGUCCUCCUGGUGUAUAGGGGAGUAUGGAGACCUGCUGGUAUCUGGACAGUGUGAGGAGGAGGAGCCCAUCCAGGUGACAGAGGAUGAAGUCCUGGAUGUUUUGGAAGGUCUUCUUGUGUCCAACUUGUCCACCCCUGUAACCCGUGGUUACUCCCUCACUGCCAUCAUGAAGCUGUCUACUCGCUUCAGCAGUGUCAACCGAAUCAAGAAGGUGGUGUCAAUAUACGGCAGCAGCAUCGACGUGGAGCUGCAACAGAGAGCUGUGGAGUACAAUGCACUUUUCAAGAAAUAUGAUCACAUGAGGCCUGCCUUACUAGAGCGAAUGCCCAUCAUGGAGAAAACAGCCUCCAAUGGCCCUACAGAGAUUGUGCAGACCAAUGGGGAGACAGAGCCCUCGGUGCCUGACACAAAACACCCGCCCCUAGUCACCCAGCCAGCCAACCAGGCUAAUGACUUGUUAGACCUGCUGGGAGGUAAUGAUGUGGUGCCUGUGAUCCAAACCACCCUGCCCACCAAGCCUGCCUCGGCUGGAGGAGAGCUGCUCGACCUAUUGGGGGACCUCUCACUGUCUAGUGGUCCAGCUCCUGCCCCCUCUGUGCCCAUCUCCCAGCCCCCCUUCCUCCUGGAUGGCCUCUCCUCACAGCCCCUGUUUAAUGAUAUUUCAGCAGCUAUUCCCCCCAUGACAGCGUAUAGCAAGAAUGGCCUGAAAAUAGAGUUCACCUUUGAGAGGGCCAAUCCGAACCCGAACAUAGCAGUCAUCACUAUCCACGCCACCAACACCACUGAGGCUGACAUGACAGAGUUUGUUUUCCAGGCUGCAGUUCCAAAGACAUUCCAGCUGCAGCUCUUGUCCCCUAGCAGUAAUAUUGUCCCAGCACUCAACCAGGGAAGCGUCACACAGGUCAUCAGAGUUCUCAACCCACAGAAGCAACAACUCCGCAUGAGGGUCAAGCUGACGUACACCCACAAAGGCUCACCUGUCCAAGAUCUGGCCGAGGUCAACAACUUCCCUCCUCAGUCCUGGCAAUGAUGACCGUGCCCUCUCGCGCUUAAAGACCCCACCAAUGGAACUAACUAUGGGAAAGAUUCUCCCCCCCCCUUACCCAGACUGAUCCCCUGUGACAUCACUGCAGACUGCUGCCCUGGGGUGGCAUGGGAAGCAGCGGAAUGUCAAACACACAAAAAAACGAUGGUAUGAAGACCAUGAUGACGACAACAACGACAGCAAUGACGAUAGACAUCACCAGAAAUAUGUGAAAACAUAUUAAUUUACUAACCCUUUUCCUUGAUUGGUUUCACCUCAAUCUGUCUGCUUUGCAGUUGCCACUAUUUCCAUCUCCUUGCCCUCUCAAUGCACGUACGCCCACAUUGCACUCUCUGUGGUACGCCCACCCCUCUAAGCCGCCAUAGAAAAGAGCUGUUGACAAUGAGCACUUGAUUAAGCAGUCUGUUUUUCCUUGUUUCAUGUUUUUAAUCUUACAGGAAUUUAACAUGGGUAUAUAUAUAUUUUUUGUACCUUUUUUCAAGUCUGAAUGAGGUGCAACUUAAUUAACUCUAUGAAAUUUGCAUACUGUCCAUUCACCACUUUCCCGAAUUGGGUUUGGAAACUUGGAGUACUUUGGCUCUCAGUAUUUUAUCUAGUUUGUUCUCUAAAGUGACUAUAACACGUUCUAUUAUAAAGAUCUCCAGCUCUAUGCUUCAAAUGCAAGGUCUUUGGGUUGCAAUACAAAGGUUAAUCUCUCAUGAACAGAUUCUGGGUGUAAACCGAAGAAUCUGUUGGGAUGGAAUGCGUAGAAUCAGUUUUCGUCACUGAUUAUUUGGAUGUAUCAGGAUUGGCCAAAGGCGGUGCUUAAACUUCGACUGCUUCGCUUGUGUGGGGGAAGUGGGGGGCUUUGGUUAAGGGUUUCCUUUUGCGAGGGUGGAGACUUCGCAAACCGCAACUCCCAAGUUCUAAUACGUGUGGACUCACAACUACAUCACGCAGCUGAACAAAUCAUGCCAGAUUUUAGUCCUGCGUUAACCGAGAUUAUACAAACAUUCACAUGAUGACUUUUCCCAGUUGUACCUGGUCUGCUCUUUUACAUCCAUUAACUUUGGCAGCAGAAGGAUUUUAAAGACGCAGAGCACUCAUUCAUUUUGGGGUUAACUUAAUUUGACCCUCCAUCUCAUGAGUGAUUUAAAAGGCAAAAGAUGUGUGGAGUCAUUUUGAAUUACAUCAGUUUGAGAGUUGUUUGAAUCCCAUUCACCUUGGUUUUGCCAGAGAGGCCUCUCGGCAGGGUUGAGAUACUGUAAAUGGCUAAAGUGCAUAUUUCGAAAGCUGGAGUGUAUUUGUUUGUCAUGGGCUGGCUAACACAGAGUAUGGUUCCAUUUUCUUUCGUUUGGUCAGCAGUGUGGUAGCCAUAGCACGGCGCAUCUUGUAAAAGUUUAUUUUCUGAGGUGGAAUCCAGAGGAUGGACAUUUCUACUUUGUUUGACUGCCCUGUAUAGCACCGUUUCCCCCACCUAGAUGGGCACUAUUUACAGUUUCUUCCAUCCAUCUUGUUAAAUUCAACGGUUAAUUGCUUAGAUCAAGCUGAGGUUAUUGAAGCAAUAUGGAUAUUGUGUAUCAGUGCAGGUCUGAGACACAUCUUAGUUAAAGGAAAAUCCUUAAACAGUUUCAUUGAAUACAUUAACUUUGGAAGUACUGAAUCUUCCACGCAUCUGAACAAACAGCCGGAAAUGUAAGAUUUACAGCUUUGAGUCGUCAAAAUAUCUCUCUUAAGACUAUUAACCUGGCUGGACAUAGCCAGCCUAGAGACGACAUGUACAUUAAGUCUAUUUUGAAUGUAGUUAUAUGCACUGAAUGCUUUUUCUUUGCAGGCUUUUUCUGUGGCUGUCCUCUCUGAGGGCGCUGGCCAUUUUGUUGGCACUAUUUUUGUGGUAGUCUUUUUCUUUUUUUUGCAGUGAUUUGUCUUAAACAUUAUUGUCUGAUAUCAAAAUUAUGUGCCUUUUGACAUAACUAGAUGGGAAGUCCCUAAACUGGUCUCAUUUGAUCUGUGUGACGAGGGUUUGUGUGUCAGGGAGUGCUUAUUGUGGGUUAUAUCCUGACUAGAGAGCAGGCAAGACGGACAGGCUGGAUGGAAGGUAGGAGUCGAAGAAGAAUGUGCCCUUUUUAUUUUAUUGACAUCUCACACUGAGUUUCUAGCAUUUAGAGUGGAAAUGAUGUAGUCAGAUAUCAGUGUAGCUUGGUGUGAUUCCUUGGCUGUCAUACUUCUCCAAAUCAGAAUCCCGACCAAGCUGUCGGAAACAUGAACCUGAAUACCUCACAAUGUUUUCUCUUCCUGUUUAACUAUCAACAGCACAGUAUCUGGAUAGCUGCAUUUAGUCUUCUGUAUGAUCUGCAAUCAAGUGGGCACCUGUAGGACAUCUCAUUACUAACACACUUAGCUGCCCCAUGAUGCUGUGUGUUCAGACCUUCAGAUGUUCAAUCGCACUAUAUGCUUAUUGAUAUUCACUAUGCUACACUAUCAAACUUUUGUGACCAAAUUGGAGAUGCUAUUAGCGUUGGAAAUAAGCUUUGGAAAUAUUUUUGAGCAUUGAUAUGUGUAUAUGGAGAAAAUGAUUUUUCAUUCUAUUAGUCAUCUUUUUUUUCUGUUUUUGACUAAAUGCUAUAUUGGGUUUUUCUGUAUAUAUUGAGGGCUUUUAAGGUUAGUCAAAUAUCCUUUCUUUCAUCCCUUUUUAUUUUUAGAUACCAACCAUUUUCUAAGACUUCCAAUUACUCACGGUGUAUAUUGUCUUAAUAGAUCUUAGUCUAAAAUAUGGUCUAAAGAAAAGACUUCCCUAUUCCAUCAGUCAUCACAAAAGAUAUAUAAUCGGCUGCCUGUACAUUGUAUAUUAUUGUAAAACGAAACAACACAGAAGAUGAUCAAAUGAAAUAAAACCCCAUUUGAAGACUUACACAGAUUAGCUAAGGACUAUAAUUGUAUUCAUGUAUGUAAAAAAGAAUCAUCUUGAAACGAUGCAAAUGAGCUGCAUCCUCUUCAUAAGUUUGGAUGCAUCUUUUUUUCCUGCAGAUUUUAGUGGGUGAUUAGGCUGCUAUUGGUUUUUAUACAUGUCCUCUUAAGGUUUGGUUGGGCAGAACUGGUGUUGUCUGUGAGUGAUGUACUGUACUACUGAGAGGUCUUUGAGCUGAGCACCGAGGUGGCACCUUGUCGGUAUUCGGGGUCCCCAGAAAGGCCUAAUCUGUUUUCAUAUGCCCCUUAAGAGGAGUAGGCCUCUUGCUAAGAUGCUGUAAUGCCUCCCUUGGCCUGUAAUGUGCUUUAUUGUUUUUUUUCUCUCCCCAGCAAAAGUAAUUGGAGAAUUUAAUGUUGUCAGACAUGCAAGCUAAUUAAAUGACGGAUGACCUACCUACAGUGCACAUGGUCCUUCUAAGAGAGCAAUUCUCAUUGUUGGCCCCCUUUUAAGUCUCAUUCUCUGUGUUUUUCUCCAGUCCUAUAGAUUUUCUCCCCAUUCAUCUGGCAUCUCACCUCCCCACAUUAAUUGUAUUGGAUUUCAGAGAUGUGAGAAUGGGCCCAGAGUUUCUCUGAAGUGUUGAGUGAGGUCUUAUUUUUUUACUCUUGUGAUGCUGUUGCACGUACCUUUAUUGUAAGAUGGGGAUUGAAUAUCCUGAGUUUUCAGGCUAUGAGAAGUUUAAUCUGUGUGGUGGAUAUGGUUCAUUAAGUCGUAAGGCCUUGUUCCCUCAUGUGGUUGACAGAUACAAUGUGCUCUUGGCUGCCUGUCAUCAUCCACUCUUACUGGGUCUGUUCAUCGCUCCUGAUGACUGCAUUAAGGAACCUGUCUUAUGGACUGGUUUGUACGGCUCAAAGAGAGCAGAGAAUAGGCCUGGUUCUGUUACAGGGACCGGGCCAGCGGGGCAGUUGAAGUUCAGGCUCUUUUAGAGGAAAUAUGAUCCUUUCUAUUUAUUGAAAUCCAAUUCAAAAAUCAGGACUGAAGUGUGAGGCUGAUCUCUCUGCUGUGUGUAUGGCCUUUGUCUACAUUCUUUUCAGGAGACCUGUGAUCUUAAUGCAGUGCUGCUUAACCUGUUCUUGUGAUAGUACACAACUAGAACACUGAGCUGAAGCUGCAUGUUAGCUGUGCUGUGAGCUCAUUUCCACAAGGGGGAGCUGGUCAAGAUAGAAGGCUAUAGGGAAGGGAAAGAUCUCAUACUUGUACCUUGUCUUGAAUGUUGUUUUUAUCGAUUCCAUCAAUCAUGUUUGACCAGUUAACGCUUUUAAGGAUACAGUACCCCCAUAUAUGAGAAAAUGAGAAAUGCAUAUGAAGGUGAAAUCCCAUUGGUUUGGACACUGCAUCUUUAAAAAGGACAUUUGUAAAGUCAAGAACCCUUCAGAGGUCUGAGCAGCUUUUGAAGCGUUUUGUUUGUCUAAUCAGCCUGUGUGUGUGUGUGUGUGUGUGUGUGUGUGUGUAAAUAUGAGUGUGUUGGCAUGUCUUGCUACAGUCACCUAGUAAGGAUGUGAAAUUGGCUGCAAGGAUUUUAAUUCACAACUUCAGAGCUGCAUGUGAGAACCAAUGUAAAUAGUGUCAUUUCUACUCUAAGUAAUCCUCUUUUUGAAAUGCAAGAAAAGGUCCCAUUUUUCAACAAAUACAACACACCACCUUGUUGGGUUGUACAUUUGAAAAAUUGUUUUUUUUUUUUUUGGUGGUGGAAGGGGUUAAAAGUGCACACCACUCAUUCGGAUGUAAUUGUUUUUUACUUCUAUAUUUGGCCAGGUGAAUUCUCCGUGUGUAAAGGGGUUUGAAGGCGCAUUUGACUUUAGCCACUUAUCCCGUUCCCUGUGAAAUCAUAAAGCGUCCAUUGUACUUUUGAAAGAAUCUGAAUAUGUAACCCUCAGAUUUAUCCCGACUAUACGACAACAUAUCUGAUUUGAGAAGGGGAGGAAAAAACAUUUUUUGAAAUUCCCUUUUCUAGACAGGUUAAACAUUUUGAACUGAAUCAGAGUCCUAUGUCUUCAAGGUGGGUGUGAAUGGACUGAAAAUAUGAAUAAUAAUGAUGAUUAAAGCUGAGAGGCUGUAAACUACAUGGGAUAUUUUAGACUUAUGCUGUGUAUUAUUGUCUUUGGGUUGGAGGAAAUGAUGAUCAAGAGUAUAAAUAAAGUCAAACAAAAUUUUGA